UGAUAACUGUGGGUGGCAGCACACGCAGGUUGUUUUAAACAAGUGACUACAAUGACAAGGCGCUGGGCAUGAUGUUGGUUCAUUCAUUUUUAUUUUGAUACGCUGAAUUAGAUGCAUGCAGGAUAAAGAAGAUGGCUUCAAAGCAAGACAUUCCACUAACAACGACGAUCCGCGAUGAUUUCCUCACAUGUAAAAUCUGUUUCAAUAUUUAUGAGCAGCCGAAAAUCCUGCCUUGUGUCCACACGUAUUGUACCCCUUGCUUAGAGAAACUCUUGAAGACAUCCAAUAAGCCUGGUUCAAUAUCGUGUCCAGAAUGUAGAGAAUGUGUCAACCUGCCACACAGAACUGUGUCCGACCUAAAAACUAAUUUCUUAAUCAACAGUCUCAUUGAGGUUCUGAAAGUGAAGACCAACAAAGACGAGAAAUGUACGACAUGUACACUUCGUGGAAAGACUUCACCUGCUAAAAGUCGCUGUCUGGAUUGUGGAGAUUACUUAUGUCCAACUUGUUCUGAUGGACACAAUGCCUCCUCCACGACUUGGAAUCAUAAGAAGGUUCUCUUACAAGACAUCAGGAGAGGAUCAUAUGACAAAGAACUUAGAAACCUGCUCAGGUUAACCUGCUCACAACACAAGGACAAGGAAAUAGAGUAUUUCUGCGACACGUGCCACACACCAAUAUGUCUAGCGUGUGUUUUACUUGUACAUCGGGAUCACAAAUGUUUAACAGCUAUCGAGGCAGUUACAGCUCAAAAAGAUCGACUUGCCAAUCACGUAAUUAAAGUAAAGGAAACAUUGCAUCGUCUAGAAAACGAAAAGAAAAUGGCCUGUGAGAAACUUGCAAGAGUCAACAAGCUUCAAACUCAAGCAAAUGCAAACAUAGAAAAGCAAAUAGAAGGGAUAAUCGCUCAAAUAGAACACCACCGACAACAGGCAUUACAGUUGGUAGAGGACAGGAUGGACGAAACGUUGAAACAGUGUAAUUCACAGGUAGACAAGGCAAACUUGAAAAUAACUUUAGCAAAAGGAUGCCUGGAGUUUUGUGAGACGAUGAUAGAACAGGGCAAAGACGAAGAGGUGCUCUACCUUGAAGAGACGAUCACCAAGCGACUCCAGCAGCUUGAGGAGCUGCCCGCUGUGGAUUUAAAGCCAAUUGCUAGAGAGGUCUUCCCAGAUAUCACCGAACAAAUGUGCGGCAUACAAGACUUGGAAAGUUUACUAAGGACGCAAGUGGAUAGUUUGCUAGAUGACUUCCAUUCUAAAUUGCAGUUUACACCAGAAACUACCAAGACACAAGAAAAUGUUUCCAUCCAACUGUUGCGUACCUUUAACACCGAAUACGACGCUGAUGACGUGCGUCCCGUGGUAAAAGGCAUGACAAUCACUAACAAUACUAUUUUACUUUCUGACAAUGCAAAUGGCAAAAUUAAAUGUAUUUCUACAAGAGGAAUUUUACAGAAAUAUAUAACAACUGAGGAAACAUUUUCACCACAUGCUGUAGCUGUGUGUAAGGACGUCACUGGUGUAAUACACGAAAAUGUCCUGUAUAUGUUCAACAAAAAAGGUAAAAUUGUGUACAGGAAUGUGAUAACUGCCAAACCAGCUACCGGAUUACAUUUUACAUUCGCCCUUGCCAAUUACAAAAAUGAAGGUUUCAUUGUCGGUAACCUGCCAGAUAAUGAUUUCCGAAUAUACGCUCUCGAUGGGAAGCUACAAAAAAGACUUCUGGUGCCGAUUGCCUUUCCAUUGGCAAAUCUGAGCGUUUCUAAAAGUGGACAUCUUGUUACCUGCGAGUGGGGAGAUAACUGUGUACGUGUUCGCAAUCUCCAGGGAAAGAAACUGACUCAGUGUCAGGUAUCUUCAACUUGGAAGGCAAAUGCAGCUGACGAGGACAGAAAUGGUUUGAUCUAUGUUGUUAAUAGUUUUGAAGCCACAGUAUCUGUGUUUGACAAGGACGGUAAACAUCUACUACAACACUUCACUAAAUCAGAUGGUUUUCGGAAGCCAGUGAAUCUUGCAUUCGACGACGAAGGUUUGAUGUACUUGGUCAACUCGUCAGGCAACAUAAAUGUAUAUAAAAUUAGUAUUGGCACUUCCGUGUAAAAAAAGGGAAAAUUCCAAAAAGACAACAAUUGUUAUAGUGGUAUUGUUACUAGUUUUAUAUUAAGGCUUGGGGGAAAAAGUUGUUUGCUGUUGCUUGGUAUACUUAUAAACAUUGGUUUGACUACUAGUUGUUUUUGCUUGUAAUUUCCAAGAAUAUUAUCUGAUCGUUGUGCAUUUUGAAAUGGCACUUACAGAAGUAGUAUCAACUGUUUAGAUAUCACUAAUCUGUAGCUAUUAAAAAUCCUGUUUUUAUAAAUAUUUCCUGGG